AUGAAAUUGACCAAAGUACUAUGUAGGCAACAUAUAGAUUUUAUGUUCAAAAGGCAUUGGAUAAUUCAAGGGAAACGUGUGCCGAUUAAUUUGGGUAUUGAAAAAUAUCUGAAAGAAAAAGGGAUCCCAGUACAAGAUGCCUUAGAGUUUGUAAAGGAAGAACCGCCACAACGAGAAAAAGUUAAAAUCGUUGGGCCCUAUGAAAUGCCAUUACCUCUCGACGAAAAUCAUCCUAAUUAUAAAGAGAGACCAUGUCUUACCUUGAAACAUACAAAUGUACUCUUAGAAGGUAUUUCACAGGCACAAGUCCUCACUAAAACCAUAAUAUCAGAAGACAAACUACCUCAUAGAAUUGAAGAACUUGCAGAACUGCCAGCACCAAAAUCAGUACAUGAAGGUGUUAAGAAAGCAAUACUUAGUGCUAACAUUUUUGAUUGUGAACAGAAGAAACUGCCAAAAAUCAAAGAUCCUGAAAGGCCAGCUUAUAACUUUCCUCGCAUCUUAGGAAUAACUGAUAAAAGGAAAAAUGAAAUCCUAACAAAUAAAUUGCUUCAUAUAAUUGAAAAGAGCAAUGAUUCAGAGGUGACUCUCAGCAAGUAUGUCGUGAAUGAUAUUGAAACAAACAGUAUAUUUGACAAGGAAGGUGAUCUUAUUCAGUUCCAAGACGUUUCCAACAUCCUCGUAACAAGCAACAAGCCUCUCAAGCAUGAGCUCAAUGAAACCGAUGUCUCGUACAUUGAUAUACCGGACAUGUAUCCUGUUAAACACACCGUGACACUACCACCAGAACAUUUUUAUAAUGACAACAGUUUUUACCCGAUUCAACGUAGUGUGCCUAUGAAGCACCCACACACAACCUGGCUUCAUUUCAAUCGGACAGAAGUCUCCAACAUUUUCGAAACACCGGUUACACCAUCACAAAUCCUCGGCCGUUCUCUGACACACGCAUUCACAAUAGCCUCGUCAUACGCAAAGCAGUUGUAUGGGGAGGAUGUCAAAGACCUACCUGAUCCGGUUCACAUAAAUUGCAUCCAAACAGAUGGUCAAAGAUUCCAUUUCGGUGUUUUUGAACUGAACACAUUGAAUGUUGAUGGUACAGAUGGUAUUAAGAACGUUUGGUAUUGCAAGAAUGACAUGAAGUUAUACGACUCUAGUAGAUACUUGAAUGGUAUGCCAGUCCUAGAGAAUUACAACCCUAAAGUUUACGGAUAUAUAAAUGCCUUUUAUAACUGCUAA